AUGAUCAAUCUGAUCCUUGUAUCAGCAGACAAAGCAAAGUUCAAGACUUGGAGACAACAAUUGGCAGAACUAAACACUGUUCUUCCCAUCAGCUGCAUGGCAGUCAAUGAAUCUCAUCUGCCAUUACUCUCUGACAACUUCAGAGAGUCCAUGUGGGAUAUGCUAGAGCUGAGGCAAUUCUCCAUGCAACUGCUGUUACUGAGUGGCAUGAUACCACCCUCCAGCAUCCCCGCUCUCAAGAUAAUAUUUGGUCUGACUGAUAAGGUACAUGAGAUCAGGCAGUCCAGCAACUGGCCAGAGCUAGAGUACAUCCUCAAACCACCUGCAUCAUCGAGCGAUAUAGAAGAGGAGACCAUUCAGAUCAUAGCGAACGAGUGGAAGGAAUGGUCGACGAAAGACAGAGGCCUAGUCUUCAUAGUUUACAUGCAAGAUGGAGAAAGUGUGGCUGAAAAGACUGGCUGGCCAUUCUAUAAUAGAGACAAGGAGACGAGCGAUGCUACAAGGGCUCGAUAUUACAAGAGUUGGUUCCAAGGGGAAACUCCGAUGCCUAUGGAGAUGACAGAGCUGAUCCAAGCUCAAGGCAGGGGGGGAAGAGAUGGACAACACACACGGUGCUAUGUUCUUCUAGAUUUUUCUCCAGCCAAGAUCACCAUAGGACGACUUGAAGUUGAUCACAAGGGACUAUGGCAUGCAAGAGACUAUGCAUACAAGAACUCAAUUGCAUGCUGUCUCCGUCAUGCAUCCACAGAAUAUAUAGAUGGAGUAGGAACUUGGUGCAAAGACAAUGCAGCGAAUCAGCAAUGCUCCUUCUGCAAGAAAGGACCAAAGGGACUAAGCCAAGGACGCGCACCAUUGAUGGUGCAUUUGAAUGAUAGGCAGACCUCUGGAGAAAGCCAUGUGCAUGAACAAAUGACUUCACUCAAGAGAAUGAUAGAAGAGAUAUUGACCAACUCUGGAGAUCCAUUCCUUGAAGCUGUUGAGAAAGCAAAGAAGUCUAGGAAAGAGCGGCUAGAGGGAGAGAUGAUGGAAGUAGAACCACUGGUAGCCGGAGAGGUGACCUGCAAGUGGCCAGACAUUGUGGUUCCUAUAGGAUUUGGAAUCCUAAGAGAUGACAAACUACAAGGCGAAGCGGAAAAGAAGUUCAAGGUAGAUUGGAAGAACAAUGGAGAGGUGUUUGCGACAUGGCCAGGAAAGAAACCAGAAAAGAGACGACUGAGCAACAGAAUGGACUUGCUGCUAUGCAUGAAAGAUGAAGGCAAUAGCAAACAUGUGGGCCAAGUCACUAAUAACAUCAGUCGUGGUCAUACCAAAUAA